GACGAUGUGAUCUGGACUUGGUAUUAUGAUCGCCAGGGCACCUUUCAAAGCUCGGGCAUCAACUUUAUCCAAGAUCUCCCACGAUUCAUGGUGCUACUAUAUGCGUUACAACGCUUCAAAGUUCACGAUUGGGGCCGAAACAAGGACUUUCUCCCAGUUCAAGUUGACGGGAAGCAAUGCCACGAAUGCAAAAUCAAGGACGAAGAUCUUGGAACGGUGGAUCUGUUGCUUCACACCAGCGACCCCGAAAGAGUGACGCACUACGGACUACAAGGACGGGCGACCAACGUGGUUCCUGUCACUAGCGAAGCGCUUACUAAGAAAUAUGGUAACUUCGAGGAUGGAAUGGUGGCCAAGAUAUUUUGGGGAGAGGCGAGUCGCACCAGCGAGCCGGAGAUCCUGAAAAAGGUUGAGGAGAUCGCUAAGAGGCACCCGACUGUCGAAGGACAUAUUCCCCAGCUGCUCUGGCACCACAAGUUCACGAAUCCCACGUCCGCCAUUCGAGAAGCGCUCGGUGUUCCUGAACCCACCACGGGAGGUCGCGUGCUCUACAUUCUUGUAUUCCGCAAGCUCUACCCCAUCACGACGCUCCACGGCAGGGAUCUUUUUGACGUCUGGCGUCAGUGUAUCUUGUGCCACAUCAUUUUGUGGAAGGAAGGGGUCUAUCAUCGAGAUGUCAGCCCUGGAAACUUGAUGUGGUACAGGAAAGACCGCAGACUGAUCGGUGUCUUAAACGACUACGAUCUAUCCUCGUUGGCGAAUGCGGUGGGUCCUCAGGGAAACGAGCGUACGGGCACGGUACCGUUCAUGGCCCUCGAUCUUCUCACCGAAGAGGGUCAACAAGGCAAAGUGAAACACCUAUAUCGCCACGAUCUGGAGUCGUUUAUGUGGGUUUUCGCCUGGAUUUUCUUGCGUUACAGGCAGGGAGUUCCUCUACAAGAGAAUUUGCGCCCUCUCGACGAGUGGGCGACUUCACACGCCAUUGUAUGUGGCGAGAAGAAGUUAGCCUUUCUGACGAAUUUGAGCAAUUAUCUACCCGCGGACCUCCGAACUUCUCAAUCGGACAUAGAUUUGUCUUUAUUGGCUCUCCUUGUGGACUGUUUUCUGGUCCUCCAGGCAGCUAACUCCAAUCGCGCUGCUGACAAGUACCAUAACCUCGUUGUUGAGCUGAAAAGGAAAGGAGCAUCCAAGCAGAUCAAUGGCGAGGAAACUGUAUCGGAUAUGGAUGAUUUACUAGGCAAAUUCACAGGUACCGAGGCGUGGGUUGACCUCAGUAAAACUUUACCUUCAUAG